AUCUCGUUCGGUCAUGCUCUCCGUCUAUUGAGCCUACCACAACCUCCCGCCGCAUUACGCCGUCUCCUUGCUGUCCGCUUGAGCCGCUACUUUCUACCCCUCAACCAUUGUUAUGCGCCACCAUUGAGCAGUUGAGCCUCCAACUCCAACGCCAAUCUAAGCUUCCGAGCAUCACCAGCUUGCUAGCCGGUCUCCCGCCAUCAUUCGCCAUGUCUGGAGAGCGCAGACCUUCGUCUAGUCUUGAGGCGCCCAAAAGGACGGGGACUGAAGACCAUGGCGCACAUGAACUAGAAAGCUCUGAUUCAGACGAUCACUUUUCCGAUGCCCGGUCGUCCCCUAGAGAUAAAGCCCGCGCCGCUUCUCCCAUACCCAGAACUCGAGUUGAGAGAGUGGAUGACGAGCCUUCCUACGGAGAGGUUCCAGGCACCGAGGCUUAUGACAAAAGAACAGAGGAUGCGUCGCCUGAUGAAAUAGCCAUUGUACAAGAUGACCAGUCUCCGCUUCCGUCAUCGAAUCACAAUACCAUAUCCCAGAGCACCGCCAUUCCCAAGACGGUAGUCGAUGUGACUGACGACGUACCUGGCUCUUCGACUCACAACUAUCAUGACGACUUACACCAGGCAGAUGCCACCCCAGACAUCAUCCGGAAGCCUGAUGGCACUGGUGAGGCUAAUCCUAUUCCUGCUCCGUUAGACGCCAAUAUACAAGACACCGAUGAUACGGCUGUAGAUCAAGUGUUGAAGCACCCUUCCACACAUGGACGGAGAAAGUCUUCGGCAGCCAGUCCAGUCACAAGCCUUCGCGACGAUGCGACAAAUGAUGAUGAUGAUGAUGCUGAUGACGAUGACGAUUUUGGUGACGAUUUUGACGAAUUCGAAGAGGGUGGCGAAGAUGCAGAUUUCGGCGAUUUUGAUGAUGGCUUUCAGCAGGCUACUGAGCCUACCCCGGCUCAGUCGCUGAUGAACCAGCCACAAGUUUCCAUACCUUCCUUUCCAUUAUUAGAUCUUGAGGGGCUAGACUCUGAAGACAUCCUGACCGCCUCUGACCCUUUUUUGGAUGCAUUAUACCCACCUGACGUACUCGAAAUCCCCCCUUUGCCCGCACCUCCAAAUGACAACCCUAUUUUCUUCAACCCGAGGAGCGCAUCAUUGUGGUCACAGUUGGCUGCCCCACCUCCUCUUCAACCUCCCGACUGGAUUCGGUCACGCAUUAGGAGACUCUUCUUAGUAUCGCUCGGAGUGCCUGUAGACCUAGACGAGAUUCUUCCCGCCUCCAAACAGAAAAAACUAGUGCUUCCAUCUCUUCACCGUAUUACAUCAAACGGUUCACUCCGAACUUCCACAGACUCACGUUCAGUAUCCCGACUGCGGAAAUCAGACGCUAACGGAUCGUCGGUAUCGGUCGACUCCCAAGGCAAGGAGAAGCCCAGAUCCGGCUCGAAAAGGCGGAAAGUUUCUCCCCAGGUCCCGGAGUUUGACUUGGUUGCGGCAAAACAACUGUGUGCCACCACAGAGGAGGCCCUGAGAGGAAUGACCGACAUUGAACUUCAACAACAUGUGAGGAAGCUUCAAGACAUGGAAGUAUUGGCGAAUCAAGUGCAUGAGUACUGGAAGAAACGCACAGAUGAGAGGAUUGGCGACAGGGAAGCAUUUGAAGGUGUUAUAGAAAAUCUCGUGAAGCACGCGCGGAAGACGAGAAAAUGAGGAGGAAUACCCUUGAAACGAUUUAAUCUAAUGACACCCUAAUUAAUACCCACACAAAGCGGUUCUGCAGUCACUGUCUAGACUGGUCGGUAUCCAGAACAAAACCAUCCUAUCGUCUUGAUAUAUAUACAUGGAGCAACAUCGACUAGAUGAAUAACUGAUAUGCUUCAAGUAGCUUAUCAUAUCAAAAUGAGAAUUUACAACCGGCUAUCAAACUUUUAAUAAAUAGAGAAA